AUGGAAAUUGCGAAGGAAAAAUAUUACCCUAAUCCUAGGGAGAAAGCCAACCCGCUUUCUGUCUUACUAUUCGGAUACACUUUGCCUAUGUUCAAAAAAGGAUAUAGCAAGAAUUUAGAAGUAGAAGACUUGUAUAAUCCUUUGGCACAAGACAGAAGCAAAUUUUUAGGAGAUAGAUUACAACUACAUUGGAGUUGUCAAGUAGAAAAAGCGAAAAAAACCAAUUCGGAGCCCAACCUGUUGAGGGCUUUGAUCAAAACGUUUUGGUUGGACUAUUUCUAUUUAGGAUUACUAUUAGGAGUCAAUGAUUUAGUGCUAAAAAUCGUCCAGCCCUACCUCCUGGGGCUCCUGCUGGAUUACUUCAAUCCAAAGCUGGAAGUGCCCAAGGAACGGGCCUACCUCUAUGGUGGUUUGAUGGUGCUGUUUAAUUUCUGUUCGAUUUUUCUAUCGAACCAAUACAUGUUGGGUGCUUUCCAUUCAGGGAUGAGAAUGCGUGCUGCCUGUUGCGCUCUUAUAUACAGAAAGGCGGUGAAAUUGAGCAAAACAGCCUUGGGAGAUACAGCAUCUGGUAAAAUAGUGAAUUUACUAUCAAAUGAUGUUAGCAGAUUCGAUUUGGUGUCUUUCCUGCUGAAUCAAAUGUGGGCAGGACCGUGCGCAGGUUUAAUUGUAAUGGUUCUUUUGUACAGAGAUGCUGGAUACGCCGGUAUCAUUGGAAUAUUUGCUGUGUUUGCUAUAGUGCUACUUCAAGCUUAUACUGGUAAAUUAUCAGCAAAAUAUAGAAAGCAAACUGCUAUGAAAACGGACGAAAGAGUGAGAUUAAUGGAUGAAAUUAUAUCUGGCAUACAAGUAAUUAAAAUGUACGCUUGGGAGAUUCCUUUCCAAAAAAUCAUCAGAUUUGCCAGGAAGGCCGAAAUUAAGAUCAUCACUAAAUCCUCUUACGUUAGAGCUACUUUUAUGACAUUUAAUCUAUUCACCACCAGAGUGGCUUUGUUCUGUUCUUUACUCACAUUGGUUUUGUCUGGUGAAACCAUCACAGCUUCGAGGGUUUACGUGUUCAGUUCCUAUUUCAACGUUCUUUCAAUGUCAAUGGGAGCCCUGUUCGUAAGAGGAAUAUCAGAAAUAGCUGAAUUGAGCGUGGCAAUAAAGAGAAUACGCCAAUUUCUGAUGAAUGACGAAUACGAUCCGACUAAAACUCAUUCGUUUAAUUACGCUAAUGUUAAAAGCAUCGACGAUAUGAAGGAUAUAAUAACGCUAAAAGAUUUGACGGUAAAAUGGAAUAUAAGCCAUAGCGACGAUGCAUUGAAAGAUAUCAAUGUGAAUAUAGCUGAUGGACAGUUAUUGGGGAUUAUUGGACCUGUUGGUAGCGGUAAAAGUUCUUUACUGCAGACUAUUCUAGGUGAAUUGGUGGUGGUGAAAGGAGAUAUGGCGAUACGUGGGCAAGUUUCCUACGCUUCACAAGAACCAUGGGUUUUUGCAGCUACCGUACGACAAAACAUCCUCUUUGGCGAAGAAUACGAUAAAAAACGUUACAACGAAGUAAUUCACGCUUGUGCUUUGGAGACUGAUUUUAAACAAUUCGCCAACGGCGACUUGACUAUUGUGGGCGACAGAGGAGCAUCUUUAAGCGGUGGUCAAAAAGCCAGAAUUAAUUUAGCAAGAGCUGUAUACAGAGAAGCUGAUAUUUACCUCCUCGACGAUCCCCUAUCUGCAGUCGACAUUCACGUUUCUAAACAUUUAUACGACAAAUGCAUCAACGGUUACCUGGCAAAUAGAACGAGGAUUUUGGUCACCCAUCAAGUGCAUUAUCUGAAGAACGCUGACCAUAUUAUAAUUUUAAAUAACGGUCACAUAGAAGAUGAAGGAAAUUUCAAUACACUUGCAAACAGUGAAAACAUGUACGCCAAACUUUUAACAGCAGAUCCAGAAGCAACCGAAACAGAAAAACCGAAAACAACCAAACCGGCAUUUCCAAAGCAACCUUCACAAAGAAAUCGCACAAACUCAGUGGUUAGCGCCAUCAGUGAAGUGAGCAUAGCAGACACUCUCCUAACCGACGAAAUGUUCGAAGAUGAAGAAAUCGACGAAGAGAAAGAAAACGUCUUUCAAGUUAAGGAUCUUCAAGAGGAAUCCUCCAAGGGAAAAGUGCGCGGUUCGCUGCUGUUCAAAUACCUUUCAGCCGGCGGUGGAGUCUUCGUGACGAUGAUAAUCGCAUUUUCCUUCAUCCUCACCCAAUUAAGCGUCAGCGGCGUUGAUUACUGGGUGAGCCAGUGGGUGAACAUAGAGGAAUACAGAAAUCACACGAAGGAAUACACCUCUACUGGACUGUUUAGUUUGGAUUUGACUACGGAGGUUUGUUUGUACAUUUACAGCGGAAUUCUGUUGGUGCUCUUCGUUACGGCUGGAACCAGAUCGUUUGCUUACUACAAAGUGUGCAUGGUGAGCUCCAGAAAACUACACGCCAUUAUUUACGAUAGUGUUGUUGGAGCAACGAUGAGAUUCUUCGAUACGAAUCCCGGUGGUAGAAUUUUGAAUAGAUUUUCGAAGGAUAUGGGAGCGAUUGAUGAGUUAUUACCUAAGGCAAUUCUGGAUUCCACACAGAUGUUAUUACAAAUGUUCGGAGCUCUUCUGCUAAUUGUAAUAGUUAAUCCAUACUUUUUGAUACUCAUAGUAAAUUUAAGCGUUAUAUUUGGUUUAAUGAGGCACGUGUAUCUUAAAUCGUCCAAAAAUAUAAAGAGAUUAGAAGGAAUGAUGAGGAGUCCUGUAUUUACUCACCUCAAAGCGACCAUCGAAGGUUUGACGACGAUAAGAGCCUUCGGAGCGGAAAAUAUACUAACCAAUGAAUUCGAUAACCAUCAAGAUUACCACUCGAGCGCUUGGUACAUGUUUCUCGUAUCCAGCGGUGCAUUUGGAUUCUACUUAGACGCUUUCUGUUCAUCGUUCAUGGGCGUACUGGUAUUCACCUUCCUAGCAUUCGAAGAUUAUUUGGGCAACCGUAGUGGACAAGUAGGUCUAGCCAUCUCCCAAGCGACAGGUCUCACGUUUUUGCUGCAAUGGGGUAUCAGGCAAUCGGCUGAAGUGGCCAAUCAACUCAUGAGUGUAGAGAGAGUUUUGGAAUACAAGUCGCUGCCGAGGGAAAUCGAGCCGACACUUCCUGAUACUCCGCCGAAGACUUGGCCUCCUAAAGGGGAGAUAAUAUUCGAAGACACUUGCUUGAGGUAUUACGAAGAAGGGCCUUUGGUGUUGAAGCACUUGAAUAUAACUAUUAAACCAAAAGAAAAGGUAGGAGUUGUUGGACGAACUGGUGCAGGUAAAUCCUCUUUAAUUCAAGCGUUAUUCCGGUUGGCACCUAUCGAAGGUGCUAUAAGAAUCGACGGCAUCGACACCAGGAAUAUCAGCUUAAAGGAUCUUCGUUUGAAAAUUUCGAUUAUUCCACAAGAUCCAGUUUUGUUCUCUGGAACAUUAAGAUAUAAUCUCGAUCCAUUCGAUGAGUACAAUGAUGAUGUUUUGUACAAAGCCAUUGAGGAUGUUGAGCUUAAAGACCCAGCAAAUAUUAUUAACAGACUAGAAAAUAAAGUGAUGGAUAGAGGUUCAAAUUACAGUGUUGGACAAAGACAACUAAUUUGCUUAGCUAGAGCUAUCAUCAAACAGAACAGAAUUCUUAUGUUGGAUGAAGCUACAGCUAAUGUAGACCCACAAACUGACGCAUUAAUUCAGAAAACCAUCCGAAAAAAAUUCGUUGAUUGUUCCGUAAUAACUGUAGCUCAUAGAUUAAACACCAUCAUGGAUUCCGAUAAGGUAUUAGUAAUGGAUGCUGGUCAAGUAGUCGAAUUCGAUCAUCCUCAUCUGCUCCUCCAAAAUCCAAACGGGAUAUUUUACAAAAUGGUGGCGGAAACUGGAAAAGCUUCCGCUGAACAAUUGAGAAAAAUCGCAGCCGAUAGUUACCAGAAAUUCUUCACACUUCACGAAUGA